UUUGGAGACUUCGAGGUAACGUUGAAAAAACGAGAAGUCAAAGAAAAAUACGUCAUAUCGAGUUUGCAACUGAAGAAUAUGGUGUCAAAUAGCUGGCGAGAAGUUACCCAUAUGUGGUAUGUUGGCUGGCCUGAAAAAGGUGUUCCAAUGGAAUAUAACUCGAUUAUAGCCUUUUUAAUCGAAGCCCGAAGUUAUUUAAAACUACCGAACACUGCAGAAACCCCCAAGAUUAAUGAUGGAAUGAACGUAAAUGGACCAAAUGGUAACGGUCCAGUUGUGGUACAUUGCAGUCCUGGUACUGGUAGAACUGGGACCAUUAUUGCCUGUGACAUGGCAAUACGUGAGUUUGAGCAGGCUAGACAAGUUGAUAUUCCCAAAUUAGUUUACAGGAUAAGACGUGAUAGAGCGGGAGCGGUACAAACAAAAGACCAAUACGCAUUUAUAUACAAAGUUGUUAGUACGUAUGCAAUCAAACUGACUGGAGGAGUCACUUUGGAAAGCAUUUAAAAAUACUUGUAUAUUUAUAUACGUAUUUAUGUAUUUUUAUAUAGGUAAUAUUAAGAAACCAGUGGAAGUAAAUGAUAAUAAUAAAUACAAAUAUAUUUUUUAUAAGAUUGAAAACUAUGAAGAAUCUACAAACACAUUCCAAAUUGUAUUUAUUACUCAAAAUGUAUCUGGUAUAGAUACAGCAACUAAUGAGAAAUUUCCAUUUUUUUUAUACUUGACUGAACUAAAUUUCAAAUUAAGUUAAGU